AUGGACGGAUGCCUCAAUGACUUCAUUCGAACGGCGGAAAGUUCUCUGUCACUGCUCGGAAACCUGGUCGACGACAUCGAAGCACAUCAUACCCGGUGCAAUGUGGUCAAAACAGCGGGCACAACGGCUUCAGUGGCUGGUGGGGCGUUGACCAUUGUCAGUAUUGGUGCAGCUUUCUUUACUGGGGGCCUCUCCCUUGUGGCACUCGCUGGUGCUGGCGCAAUUACUGGUGCGGCAGGAGCAGUGACGAACUUGGGAACAGACGUUGUUGACCUAAUUUGGACAAAGAAGUACUCGGUCGAGUUAGAAGCAAUCGACAUUCGACUACAAUAUGCGGCAAAACAAUUUGCCGAGUAUGUGGAUCUUAUUGAAGCUGAAGCGGCACGAAUUUUCAAAACAAAUGGAAAGAAUGAAGAAGAAGCACUUAUGGAGGCUUUCUGGAAGCUGGCAAAAGAUGGAAAGUUAGGUUGGGAUUUACGUUCCAAAUGUGUGGAUAUCAACAGCAAAGUUGGAGACAUUGCGAAGAAUGUGGGACGAACUUCUGGAUCCACGGUUUUACGAAAUGGAGGCAACGUGUGGAAGGGCAUGCGACUUAACUCUUACACGCUCGCGUCCGCAUUCAAGAAAAUUGGCUUUGAUGUUUCGCGACGUGCAGCGUUCAAUGUGGUGCGAGUUGGCACACUCGCUCUUAGUGCGGUUUUCAUUGUGUGGGACAUCAAAUCUUUGGCUAAUAGUCUUGACAACGAUCACCCCGCUGUCGGACCGGUGAAGACGCAAAUUGAAAAGAUUCGAGAACUAUUGGGAAAUUUGAAAGAACUCAAACGGUCGUGUGAUUUUUAA